CAGCAAAACAGAAUAGACAUUUACUAUGUCCUGGAGAAACUCUUACAGCAGGACACCCAGGGCCUAGAGAGACGGCUUCUGAAGAAAAUAAUAACCCUAGCCUCAAACCACAUGACAGAGACUCAGGAAGCAAGAAAUGAAGUAAAAGUGGCAGCUAGCAACACCUUAGUGACUCUGGCACGCUGCUAUUUCAGUGAUGUCAUGUUAGAGCUGGUGUAUCAUCUGGAGCUGCCUGAAGAGUUUAUUUUCAUGACAUUGGGCAACCUGUCAUCCGCCUAUGCACUUAAGUGUAUCCCUUUUGUGGGAAUGAUCCUGAAGGACAUGAUCUCCAUGUUGGCGUUAGUCAAGGACAGCAGGAUGAGACAAGCCUUUUGCGGUGUUCUGGAAAAAUGCUCAAGGGCAGUGAAUGUAUAUUUUAUGAACUGGGAAAAGUGCCCAUUCCCCAGAAUGGGUGAAUCACAAUUCUGCAAGAACAUUCUUCCCUUAUAUUGUCAUGUGACCAGCAACUGGCUGACCUGUGAGGAGCUGGAGCUCAAGCAGGCCGUCAUCAAAGCCCUUGGUCCCAUGAUGGGCAUCCUGCUACACAAAAAGGAGCCGCAAAAUCCAAUAUUUAAAGAGAUCUCAUGGCUCCUUGAGCAAUAUAAGGAGGAAAUUGAUGUUUUUCACGUCACCAAGAGUCUGAGCCAGCUCUUGGAGGUCUCUGGUGAAUAUAAGAUCCCUCUACCUAAAGCGAAGUUUCAAGCCAUCUGCAGAGCUCUGCACAACCAGAUCUGUUCUCCAGCUAAGCAGCUCAGCAUUGAAAACCACAAAGAGCUGUUCCAUUGUGUACUUCUGCUAGCCCGUUCUUCUCCUGAUGACAUGCUAGCAUUUCUACACAAGCAGCAGGAGAUUGAGCAUGAGGCCGUUCGUGUGAUGUCUUUAGAGCUCCUGAGGGCUAUUGUUGGGGCUGACUGUAAGUAACACAGGAGCAACUGUGCCAGCUGCCCUCUUGGCCGACAUGCUGAGGGUUGAGUUGAGGACAUCCAGAGCUAAAAGCUUG